AUGGCGUGGCCAAACAAGAACAAGGACAUGAUCUACCGCCGAGUAGGCAAUUCAGGACUGCAUGUCUCUGCGCUGGGCCUAGGGGGUUGGCUAACUUUCGGUGGCCAUGUCGGCAAUGGUGAGUACCAUUUUACAGAAUUUGCCUUGGUGAAGAAAGCACUGACAUCAUCCUAUGCAGAGACUGCAUUUGAAUGCAUGAAGCAAGCAUAUGACUGUGGUAUCAACUUCUUCGACACGGCCGAAAGUUAUGCCGGUGGUCAAUCUGAGAUCGUCAUGGGCCAGGCCAUCAAGAAAUAUGGGUGGAAGCGAAGCGACAUCGUUAUCAGUACCAAACUCAACUGGGGCCUCGCAAACGGGGAGAUUCUCAUCAACAACCAUGGCUUGUCCCGCAAGCAUAUCAUCGAGGGCACGAAGGCGUCACUGGAACGGCUCCAGCUGGAAUAUGUUGACAUAAUCUAUGCCCACCGCCCAGAUCGGUUGACACCAAUGGAGGAAACGGUCAGAGCAUUUAACUUCGUCAUUGAAAAGGGCUGGGCCUUCUAUUGGGGGACCUCAGAGUGGUCGGCAGAUGAAAUUGCAGAGGCAUGUGGCAUUGCCAAAUCCUUGGGUCUAAUUUCUCCCAUUGUCGAACAACCACUUUACAACAUGCUCGACCGUGAGAAGGUUGAAGGGCAGUACCAGCGACUGUAUUCGAGGUUUGGGAUAGGUCUAACGACCUUCUCGCCGUUGAAGAUGGGGCUUCUCAGUGGGAAAUAUAACAACGCGUCGGCACCUCCUCCAGGCUCUCGCUUUGCGGAGAGUAAAGACAAGUUCGCUCGCGGAGCACGAGAUACCUGGGAUAGUGAGCAGUGGGCGGGCAAUGUCAAGAAGAUCGCUGGAUUACAGUCUUUGGCGGAUAAGCUUGAUGUAAAGCUGUCGCAGCUCGCCCUUGCCUGGUGCUUGAAAAAUGAACAUGUCGCCUCCGUCAUUACCGGUGCCUCACGACCCGAGCAAAUCAUCGACAACGUGAAGAGCCUAGAGAUACUGCCAAAAUUGACACCCGAGAUUAUGGCGGAAGUGGACGAGUACCUUCAAAAUCGGCCAGCGCAGGAUCCUGCGAGGCAAGAUUAA